CCAAUAGAGCAACACACGAACUCGGUCCGAUCACUAACAGGAAGUUGCAGUCGCUUCUUUGCAGUGAUCAUAAAAAAAUAUUUGACGUAUAGUUUGAGCUCGAUGUCUAGAUUCCUGCCUGAGUAGCGUCGGUUUCUGGUGGAUCCAUCGGGAGGGUUACUCUCACUUCAGGCACCUUCACAACAUCUUGGUUAGAAGUGACGGGAACAACAGGACAACCCGUGCGCUCUGUGGAACAUGUUGCUGCUGCUUCUGACAGUUUUCACUUUCUUCUUCGGUUCAUCUGCUGUUCAGCAUGAAGCCUGUUAUGGAAAGAGCUUUUCGAUACCACUUGGCUUUGGCCCACCUUUAUAUGACGGACCGUUGAUCUUGGAGCCCAGUCGAAGGGGAUCCACAAGAACAGUGAUGGAUAAAGGGAUGUCAAUGGAACCGCGCCUCAAAGUUUCGAUUUACUCAGCUACUUUGACAGAUCUGAACAAAGGAGAUGAGGGAACUUAUUCCAAGUUAUCUGAUCCGCAGAGACAGUCUUGGAGUUUCAAGCUGAAGGUUUUGGAUUGUGCUGAUGAGGUAAAAAAAAAAUAUGGGGAAUUUUGGACCCUAUCUUUUCCCAGAGGGGCGGCAUUAUUUGAGUUCACGCCCCCUAACAGUGUGGACCCACCAGUGGUCCUGUGGAAUCGCUCAAACCCUCUGGUCAAAAGUGGAAACAGAGGACGGGUGUCUGGAAAUUCCUGGCAAGUGUCGAACGUUGCACAGUCAGAAAAUGGCUUCUACAACAUUAGGAAGAAAGACAACACUUUGCUGUCCAGGAUCCAUCUCACUGUAAAAGAAAACAUCAGACACUAUCAUAAAGUGGUGGACAAAAACGUGAUCUUUGAAUAUCCGUGGGACAACGGCGCAUGGUUUGUGACUUUCCAGCCUGCAGGGGAAUUUAGCAAAAUAACACUGAUCAAGAAUGGCAGUGAGCAUACAGAAGACCGGUUCAGGUGGAGAUUGGAUACAUCAAGUGAAGGCCCAAAAAUCUAUUCUUUGGAAAGCAGAAACUCUGGCACCUAUGAGUUCACAGACAAGGAAGGCAACCUGGCCUUGGUUGCACACCUGGUGGUGCGAGAAAAAGAAGACUAUGAUUCUGGCGAUCCUCCUCCCACACAAAUUUUAAUUUACAUUGGCAUAGCUGCCUUGUUGGCAGUUUUCUGCUGUUGCUGCUUCUGUUGUAAAAAGAAGUGCUGUAAAAAAGACAAGUCUGCUCCUCAGACUGCAGCAGCACCUGCCGUGUCUUAUCAUGAUGAGAGUCAACCUGUAGGCCCAAGUUACUCAGCUGUACCGUCUUCUUCAUUUGUCUCUCAUCAACCCACAGCUGCCCCUCGUGAGCGACAGGUGUACUACCAGCCAACGGCCGUCCUUGUAACACCCUCUCCGCUGCAGGUUGCUCCUCCAGGAGGAUCUGCUCCAGCUCCCUCAGCCGCCUCAGACUUUCUCUCCUUGGACUCAGAUCCUCGGUUUGAGCUGAAAGGACUGACUUCCUCUACUCUACCCCUUAGCUCAGACACAACUCUCUGCAGCGUUUACACCUCAGAGAAACUAAACUUUAUGUAAAGAGCACGCUGAAAAUUCAAGUGAGUCAGAGUUGAUUCGUCUUUUUCAGAUCUAGAUUGUACUGUGUAAUAUUCACACAUUAUUUUUUAGGUCUUUGCUAGUAAGUUGUGGUGAUAGAUCCAUAGGACAGGAGCCGUUAUUCACACGAUGUUGGCACAUGGCCAGACCCCCCAGUAGUGUUUUAUGUCUUCUUUCUUUGAAAGAAAAAUGCAUUGCGAAUGAACUGUGCAGUAUUAAGUGUUUUUUUU